AUGCUCAUUGAUACCGGCUCAUCGGUGUCUCUGUUAUCAAAGGAGAUAUAUGAGACUUUGAGUUUCAGACCGAUCUUAACAAAAGUCGCAGACAAGUUAACCACAGCUGACGAAUUGGGUGAUCUUCAUGGUAUAUUGGGAUUAGAUUUUUUGUCUGACAACGAAAUUGUAGUGGAUACUUGUAGAGGAAUUUUGAUGUCCUCUCACUUUCAAAUUCAGUUAUGCUGGGAAAAUAGUUUAAAUCAUACGUGUGCAAGAGUUCAGAUUUCUGAAAAUGUUCGAAUACCACCUAGGUCUGAGAUGUUUAUUACUGGCAAUGUCAAAGGUAAUAUUUCGGAUGAUGUGACGUGCAUCUUAGAGCCAGAUAGGGACCAGACAGGACAUGAUGUCCUCAUACCUAAAUCAAUUGUCAACAUCACAAAAUCAUCUGUGGUGUUUUCUGUCCUUAAUCCUACUGACAAUGAUAUACAUUUGAAAAAAAAUAAAUGCAUAGCUAGUAUACAAGCUGUAGAUUAUAUCAUAGACAAUGAUGAUUGCAAAGGUUCAGGAGUAGAAAAUAAAGAUAUGUCUUUACAAUCAAGUGUACCAGAUAAUUUGCAAUCGCUGCUAGAAAAUGUGUCAAAUAAACUUUUAUCUCUUGAGAAAAACGAGUUGAAACAUUUUGUUUUACAAUAUUUUGACGUUUUUGUCGGAUCUGACGGAAACUUAGGCCGAACUGACCUCACUGCUCAUAAAAUUGACACAGGGGGCGCGAAACCGAUUAAGCUACCCCCAAGACGACUUCCAAUAUCUCAGCGAGAUGUUGCUGAGCACGAAAUAGAAAAUAUGUUACAGAAAGGAGUAAUAGAACCUAUUAAUUCUCCAUGGGCUUCGCCCAUUGUUCUAGUAAAGAAAAAGGACGGCUCAACGCGUUUUGCGUAG